GUCGGCUAUACCUAGCUCGUUGACGCAAGAGGUGGAUACACAGCUGCUGAUCAUGCUGAACGCCAGUUUGCUUCGCUUGCCGCCGCCGUUUGUACAUAUCGUUAUAUAUUGCUACGACGGUCUAUUCAUUCACAUACGACCAUAGGACACUGAGAAUUAGGCUUCCCGUCCGCUCAGCCAUAUACAAGCAGUGUACCGGCGGAUUAGUAGUUAGGUGGGUGACCACUAGCGAAUCCCCGCUGUUAAAAUAAUCAUUAGCACUCGCGUGCAACCAUCUUAACUUUACCCCAACGAUGCCAUGCCAUUUCACGACCGCUUCGAAUUACCCAGAGAAGACGAGCACAAUGUCAGCCUUGCAUGGUUUGAGCGACAGAAGAAGCGAUGUGUCCAGAGCCAUGACCCAAGUCUUCGCGACUGGCUUGUUACGGAGGUUGACGCAUUGAAAGCAUACCACGAUGGCCACAUCAAUGCAGAUGAGGCAACAUUCUCCAUGACACACCCACUGUCCACCUCGCCUGUACCAGCACUAGGAGGCUAUUCGGAUCAUGUCCUGGCUCUUGGAAACUUAUGGCGAGUCAUCAUAGCAGCUCUCAUAGAAUGGCCAUCCACACGUGCCCCAGAGAUCUUUACACUACUGAACGCGAUCGCGAAGGCGCCGGGUGACGUCCACAAAGGCGAGGUUCUUGACAAUGAGGGAGAAAAGCUCACAUGGGCACAAUUCCCGUACUUCGGCAUGAUCUGGCACGAGAGAACUAGCGCAGACAUCUAGCUAGGCUAAAUUUACCGGAAGUAUUCCGACUCAACCUUGGUCGAAUCUGCACGGAAACUUUAUUUGAAGAUAAAGGACAUCGAAGCUCAGUUGGUUGCGAAGCACGUGUUCAGGAUGGACAGAGCAAUGAUUCGAUUCAUCAUUCGAGCGCUCGAGAAAGAAAUUGACCAGAGCGACGAGCAGCUUGCUUCAGAUGAAGCUACUGGUUACGAUCAAGUCAAGCUUGACUUUCACAUUCCCGCCGUCUCAUUUAUGUCCAAUUACAAUGGGCGCGAAGUCUACGACGAAGUUAUGAUCAAGGGAAUGGGGGAUUGGAUAAG